AUGGCGAACAGCGUAGCACCAGACUCGUGGGAACAGCAGGCAGACUUGGACGCCGGUAUCGACGCCAAAUCCGUCGAGAGCAAGUUCUCCACGUUGAACGUCAACGCGGCCGAGUUCGUGCCUUCGUUCUGUUUGAACCCUUCUCCGACGCCGCCGCCGCCGCCGCCGACUCAGCAGCAACCGGUGCCAGCUGCAUCUACAACACCACCACCAUCACCGUCACCACCUACACAGCCACCACCAGCAGCAGAUGAUGUUGUUCAGGUACGACCGUUGAACGAUCAGCCGCCGCAGACUAACGCGUCGACGACGCCGGAGAACCGCAGCAGCCCGGACUCGCCCUCGUCGCCGGCCAAAUCAACAAGCAUGCCGCUAGAGACUCAUCACGGUUAG